AGGUGGCAUCAACGAUAUCGACUACAUAUCUCGUGCUGAGGGUGUAGAUUUCAUAUCGAUGAUGAUGAUGCGGUGGCAGUAGAGAGUUAGGACAGCGCUGUUUGUGGGGGGUAGGAGCCGAAGUGCUGAUGCUGUCUAUUUUUUUUCUUUCUUUUUUUUUCCUUUUCGUUCUUUACUUUCACCGCCGUCAUGCAGGUUGCGUAGCUCUCUGGUUAGGCCGGAGUCUGCCGCCUGUCAAAUUCUGGCUGGGACGUCGCCGGAUUGGACGGAAGCUAUGCACACCCAUCCAGCGAGUUCCUAUGGUGACAGCUCGCCAGGAGUGGCUUUUUCUCUCCACACUACUAGCGAGCAGCGCAGCGCAGGGCCCGGCGCCGGGCCUACGCUGGGUAUCGGGGGGUGGGAGGGGAAGGGGUGAGGAAUGCGCUCAUCUGCGACUUUAAUCGGAGGUAAAGAAGUGUCGCGGCGAAAUGCCCCACAGCGGAUACCACUCUUAGUGGGCCACACGCAGCAGCAGGAGCCGGUCUCUUUUAUGUUCCAGUCGGGAGCGUCCUUUUUUACCUUUUCUUUUCUUUUGUUUCUUUUCGGACUCCGCCGCU